AUGCAACCUACAAGUAGUGAUCAAUUCUCUUUUUUAAGAUCAUUAUUUCAAGAUAUUAAUAAUAAGCAAUGUGCAGAAUGUAACUCACCCGUAAGUAAUGACUCUGUGUGUAAAUGUUGGGCGGUGUCAUUUUGUUUGUUUUCAAUUUCGGGGGGAAUUUAUCGAGGUUUUUAUUGGUGUUUUGCAAAGGUGAAAAUGAGUACACUUGAAUUUAAAGUUAAACCAAUUAUGGAUCCAUUUACAGAGGAUGAAAUACGAAGACUUCAAUCUAUUGGUAAUUUGGUUUCAAAACAAUUUUGGUUGGCGCAUUGGACACCUCAGGAUUUUAUGCAGCCGUUUCCGGAUGAUCCUCGGCUCGAACAGUUCAUCAGAAUGAAAUAUAUAGAGAAACGUUGGAUUUCUUCGCCACUCGAAGGCGUCAGUCCGCAGCAAGGCGUCACCCCACUGAAUGGUUCUGGCGGUGGCGGCAAUACACACAACGAGACAAACGGUGUCGCCAUCCCGCUCUCAACGUCACAGCAGCUCGAUCACUUUUCGCCGUUUACAUCGCCACACAACUCACCAAAGCCAACUCGUUCCAUCUUUGAAGAACUGUGUCCACCUUCCAACCCCUUAAAGAACAGCAGUGGUAUGGGCAACAAUCAUGCUUUUUUCAUCGAUCACCAACAACAGCAACAACAUCUACAACAACAACAACAACAACAGCAGCAGCUACAACAACAACAACAAAAUUUAAAUAACUUUAAUUUUACAACAACGACGACAAACAACAACAACAACAAUAAUAAUACUAAUAAUAGCAACGUAACAACACUUCCACUCGAUCCUUUUUCACCUUUUAAAGUACAUGAACCAAAACCAAUUAUUGACAACAACAAUAGUGGCAAUCCACUUUCAACUUCUUAUGGUCAGCAACAAAGUAAUUUUAUUGAUAUGAUGGUCUCAAAGAGUGCGACACCAUCGACUUCAAACACUCCAGCUAGUCUGUCGCCGCAGCAUCAUGCUUCCUCUGAUUUCAAGGUGCACAUGAUUGACAUGCCCAACAACGGCAGUAAUCCUUUCUCCUCGAAAGAUCCACUGAUUUCACUGCUGGAUAAGAGUAUUGACGAUAUGCCACCCAUCAAGAGUUUGAAUCCAUUCAUUGACGACAAUCAACAGAAUGGUUUGCCACACAGCAACAGUAAUUCAACCAACAGUUAUCCUCAGCCAGUUGUCAACAGUUUACUAUCGCCAUCUGGUUCACCAUCACCUUCUCCAACAAUGGUAAACAAUUAUAAUAUGAUUAACCAUCAACAGCAACAGCAACAACAGCAACAACAACAUCAAUAUCAACAAACUGCUAAUCAUGCUAUUUCACCAUCACCUUCACCCUCUGCAUUCCAAUUGAAUAGCAAUGGUGUUAGUACUGGAAAUAGUGGUAUCAAUACUUCACAACCACAUUCUCUAACCAACAGCAAUCCAUUCAUUCCAAUUCAACCGCAACCUUUACAUCCACAACAACAACAACAACAGCAAGCACAACAACAAUAUUUACAACAACAACUCCAACAACAAUAUUUGCAACAGCAGCAACAACUCCAACAACAGCAACAGCAACAACAGUUACAACAACAACAACAAAUGCAACAACAGAUUCAGCAACAACAAAUUCAACAACAACAACUCCAACAAAUCCAACAACAACAAUAUUUACAACAACAACAGCAACAACAGCAGCAACAACAAUAUCAACAGCAACCACCACUUUCAUCAUCAGCACCAAUUCAAGCACCUCAUCACUCACCUAUUCCCGUUCAACCAACAGCUCACUCUCAGUAUUUACCUCAACAAAAUAUCCAACAUCCACCAUUUCAACAAGCAGUACUUCAACUUUUACAACCAUUCCCAGGUCAAACACCCAUUCCUCAACAACAAGCUACACCUGUUCCAAUUCAACCAACACCAGCUCCAGCCCAGCCUCAAAGUAACAAUGAAGAAGAGCAGAGUGUCUCUGAUAUUAUCAAUUUAAAGAAGCUUUUCGAUCUUGGAAUGAUGGAUAAAGAAGAGUUUGAGCAUAGAAGAAAACAAAUUGUGGAUAACAUCACCAAGACCACUUCUCCACAGAUUCAGCAGCUGCAACAGCUACAGCAACAACAACAACAACAGCAACAACAACAGCAACAAGUUCCAGCACAAUCUGCUCAAAACCAGCAAGCAGUCGCUCCUCAGCUACAACAAGCAAUUCACUCUGCUCCGGCUGUUGUCCAAUCGAUUCCACCAGUGAUUCCAGACCAACGUUUGGCAGGAACAGAGCGUGUUAUCCGACAUAGAUUCGAUGCCAAACUCGGUAAAUGGAUACAAACUGCAACUAUAGUUAUCACCGAGCCGACUCCAUUUGCAGAGGGUGCAAUGCGUAAAGCAUUCCGCAUGAAAGAUCUCUCAGCCGAGGGACCAACCUCGCAGAUGGUUGCCAAGCUCUUCAAAGAUCCCAACGAAGAUCGCAUGGUCUACUUCAAGGACGUCGAAAUGCAGACCUACGCCAAGGAGAUUGCCGAGCGUUUCAACCAGAAGAAUCCACCCAAGAAAAUCGACUUUGUCCCGGCAUUCGUAAUGGAGUUGGUCGAGCGUCAAGGCAAGCCAUUCUGCGCCGUCGAGUACUUUAUCGAAGGAAAGUACGAGAAGCACAACAACAACUACGGUUUCAAGAAUGACUUUGACAGAAACACUCCACAUGCAUUCAGUCACUUUAGUUAUGAAGACUCUGGUUGCCAGCUGAUCGUUGUCGACAUCCAAGGUGUAGCGGACGUCUACACCGACCCACAGAUCCACUCUUCCGACGGCCAAGGUUUUGGCAAGGGAAAUCUCGGUAUCGAGGGAAUCAAGCGUUUCUUCUCCACUCACCAGUGCAAUCCUAUCUGCCACUUCCUAGGACUGAACUCUGUCAAUCCCAAGCCAUUGACAGACGACUCUGGAACCGUACCAAAACCUCAGAGCCAGUCUUAUAUUCAUCCAUCGUUUAUAUAUCCACCCAAUCUCCAACAAUCAUUUACAGCACAUUUCCCACCAUUGAACAAUAAUCAACUUAACCAACAGAUACCAAACAGCAGCAACAACAAUAUUAAUAAUAAUCAACAAAAUAAUAAUCAUGUACCUCCCCAAACUCCGCUCCCACCAGUGCCACAAAAAGAGAAACCAAAGAUGGAAGCUCUCAGUGAUAUUUUUAGGAAAUUAAUACCAUAA